AAGCAUCGUCAGUUAAAUUCUCUUUGAGAAAAAAAAAUUAAAAUAAUUAAAUAAUAAUGUUUCGGUUUGCUUUGUUGUUAGCGUGCCUGUUUGUGGCAACGAGCAGUGCUUUACCCGCGGGCAAGCACGAUUCGAAGGAUGAAGUUGCUGGCGCAACAUCGUCUCCAUCUCCCGUUUCACCUGCCAAGCCGGUUGAGGAAAAUGCGAAACAACCGCCCAAAACAACAAUCACUUUUGACCAACGGCAAGAGGGAAAAUUCAACGUUCGCGCCGACUUGGAGAACUUUGUGAUUGUUUUUGUGCCAUCGUCUCCCUCGCAAGGCAUGAGUUUGUUGGAGAUGUUGGCUUCGAUGCGUCGAACUCAGUCGAAAAAUGGCAACAAACGGAUCUCGAGUGAGAAAGAUGUCAAGGGAAAAUACUCGAAGAAGGUCGAAACGAACCCCAAAGAGACUCCCGUUGUCGAUUCCUUCAUCGAGGGACGCACGCCCUACAAAGUCGACAUCUCGAGCACCUUGACAGACGCCAAUUUGCAAGAAACUUCCUCAGUAGUAGAAGGUAACAAUAACAACCGUAAAGUGAUUGUAGUCGAGAGCAGACAAAAACGCGUACCUAAACAUCUUGGCCUCUAUAACAAUGUUUUAAAAUCAAAUUCUGUCGUAGCAUUAAUCAAUCCUAGUAGUACUUCUAGUUAUGACGGUGAAGGGCUCGACGAGCUUUAUCGCGAUACCGACUUUGCGCCACGGCAUGCUGCCGCAAGCAUCUCCUCCUCUGCUUAUCUCAAAGAAUUAACCGAUUCAAUUCCUUCUAUUGAUAGCUUAAAGUUAGAAUCUGCGGACAACGACUGGAAAUUACUUGGUGCAACAGAGCCUGGAUGUGGUCCCGAUCGAAAUAUGCGACGAGACUCUUACGGAAUUUGCAGAUUUUAUCCCAUAGAUGUUUAAGUUUUUAUAUUUUUUUUUUAUCGAGAUUAAUUAAGACUUUUUUAGACAUAAGACAAGCAUUUAAAAAUACAAAAAAAAAGAAAAGGCAAUUAAUAAAGAAUACAUUA